AUGUCCGCUACAACGCAGACGCUCAGCGCUGCGAAGUAUGCAUUAGUUUUCCUCUUAUUUUUGAGAGUGGAACUCACUUUUGGAAAUAGUGAGAACAUCCACUCGUGUCCAUCUCGUUGCACUUGUAUCGGCAGUUUACUGGACUGUAGUCGGCGGAAGCUGGAAAAAGUUCCCGAUGGUCUUCCCUCUUGGAUCACCCAACUGGACCUGAGCCAUAACAGGUUGCAGUCACUUCACAGAUCUUUGUUUACGAAUCUGCAGCACCUAAGUGAAAUAAAAUUGAAUAACAAUGAAUUGGAGGCGAUACCAGAUUUGGGCCCUUAUGUUGGAAAUAUCACCAGUCUUAUUUUAGCAAACAACAAAAUUUCAAAAAUAUCUCCAGAGCAGUUGAGGCCCUUGGUUGCCUUGGAAACCCUGGACCUCAGCUACAACAACAUAGUGGAACUGAGGUCUGGGUCCUUCCCCCCGCUACCUUUGAAAAACUUAUACCUCAAUAAUAACCGCAUCUCUACACUGGAACUGGGCUGUUUUAACAACCUGUCGAGCACUCUUCAGGUCCUCAGGCUGAGCAGGAAUCGCUUGUCCACUAUUCCUGCAAAGAUCUUCCAACUCCCUAACCUCCAACAUCUAGAGAUGAACAGGAACCGAGUGCGACGGAUUGAGGGACUGACGUUCCAUGGGCUUCAUGCACUCCGCUCACUGACCAUGCAGAGGAACGGCAUCACCCGUCUUAUGGACGGAGCCUUUUGGGGACUGAGUAGUAUGGAAGUCCUGCAGCUGGAUUACAACAACUUAACAGAAGUGAGCAAAGGCUGGUUGUAUGGACUGCUGACCCUGCAGAAGCUCCACCUGAAUCACAACACCAUCAGCAGGAUCCGGCCCGAUGCCUGGGAGUUCUGCCAGAAGCUCUCCGAGCUGGACCUGAGCUCCAAUCACCUGAUGCGGUUGGAAGAGUCCAGCUUUGUAGGCCUCAGUCUACUGGAUGAACUUCACAUCGGUAAUAACAGAGUGAGCUUUAUUGCUGAUGGAGCUUUCCGGGGCCUCUCCCACCUGCAGACGCUGGAUCUAAAGAACAAUGAGAUCUCCUGGACUAUUGAAGACAUGAACGGACCGUUCUCUGCUCUGGACAAUCUGAAAAAGCUGUUUCUUCAAGGGAAUCAAAUUCGGUCAGUCACCAAGAAAUCUUUCUCAGGUCUAGACAUGCUGGAGCACCUUGACUUGAGCAACAAUGCAAUCAUGUCUAUUCAAGGCAAUGCUUUCUCUCAGAUGAAAAAGCUGGUGGAGCUGCACCUGAACACAUCCAGCCUACUGUGUGACUGCCAGCUGAAGUGGUUCCCUCAGUGGGUGGCAGAGCACGCUUUUCUGCCCUUGGUCAAUGCCAGCUGUGCCCAUCCGCAACUACUGAAGGGCAAAAGUGUGUUCACUGUCAGUCAGGAGGAGUUUGUGUGUGAUGACUUCCCCAAACCACAAAUCACAGUGCAGCCUGAGACACAGUCAGCCAUCAAAGGUACAAAUGUUACAUUCGUAUGCUCGGCGGCCAGCUCCAGUGACUCACCCAUGACCUUCGCCUGGAAGAAGGACAACGAGGUUCUGAAUGAUGCUGAAAUUCAUAACCAAGCCCACCUGCGUGCUGAAGGUGGAGAGGUUACAGAAUACACCACCACUCUGCAGCUACGUCAUGUAGAGUUUUCCAGCGAGGGAAAAUAUCAGUGUGUUAUCUCCAACCACUUUGGGUCAUCCUACUCCACUAAGGCUAAACUUACCGUCAACAUGCUGCCAUCCUUUACUAAAAUGCCAAUGGAUUUGACCAUUCGUGCCGGAGCCACUGCCCGUCUGGAGUGUGCUGCCAGUGGGCAUCCAUCCCCUCAAAUUGCAUGGCAAAAAGAUGGAGGCACUGAUUUCCCAGCUGCUCGUGAGCGCCGCAUGCAUGUGAUGCCCAAGGAUGACGUGUUCUUCAUUGUUGACGUGAAAACAGAAGACAUUGGUGUGUACAGCUGCACUGCCCAGAACACAGCUGGUGCCAUAUCUGCCAAUGCAACCCUCACUGUGCUCGAAACUCCCUCCUUUCUGCGACCUCUAAUGGACCGAACUGUGGUUAAAGGUGAGACUGCUGUUCUGCAGUGCAUUGCUGGUGGGAGCCCCCCACCCAAACUCAACUGGACGAAAGACGACAACCCCUUAGUUGUUACCGAGCGUCAUUUUUUUGCUGCUGGAAAUCAGCUCCUCAUCAUCGUUGAUGCAGCAGAGGGGGAUGCUGGAAAAUACACGUGUGAGAUGUCCAACACGCUGGGCACGGAAAGGGGAAAUGUCCGACUGGCCAUCUUACCCAACCCCAACUGUGACUCAGCUCAGGGCAUAGGGGGUGUUGUUGGUGCUGCUGCAGGGGGAUCAGAUGAGGAUGGAUGGACCACUGUAGGCAUUGUCAUCAUUGCUGUUGUAUGCUGUGUUGUGGGAACCUCACUGGUCUGGGUGGUCAUCAUCUACCACACACGCCGUCGCAACGAGGACUGCAGUGUAACUAACACCGAUGAGACAAACCUGCCUGCAGACAUCCCAAGCUAUCUGUCCUCUCAGGGAACACUGGCAGAUAGGCAGGAUGGUUACGUGCCCUCAGAGAGUGGCAGCAACCAUCAGUACAUGGCACCAUCCACUGGGGGCUUCUAUCUGCAGCCUAAAGAAAUGAACGGGAGUGAAGCUGAUAUGGAGGCUGCCAUUGACCCUCUUCUGUGCCAUUAUCAAGGCCCUAUCAGUUCUCUUCUGAGGAGAGGAAACUUGUAUGCAUCAGACCCCACUGAGGCCUUCACAGGUUGUCCCACAGAAACAAGGCCGAUCUGCAUUGACUCCUAUAAUGGAAGCCUAAAUGGCUCCAAGAGGAGAGAUUAUUUUCCGUGCAGCUCCUCUAUGUCCGACCCAUUUGACCAUAUGGGCUCUGGAGGCCUGAUGCAGCUGCCCAGUGGGGGACUGCAUAGCCAGUUACAUGUACCAGAAGGCAACUGUGCAGGGGACUUUGAGGGCACUGAGUACACUCGACCAUGUCUCUCCUCUGGAUCGUUUAUGGGAACAUUUGGGAAAUCUCCAUGGAGACCCCAGCAGGACCUGUAUCCCAGUCUGUGCGUUCCAGUCACGCAUAAUGACAUAACACUACAUGAGAACCCUUAUGCAGCUCUGGAAACCGACUCAGACCACGAUGAAGAUAAAGACUCUGCCCAGCAGUCUGAGGAUGGAACUCAAGAGCAGGGCAUCAGUGUGUAUGAACAGCCCUUUGACAGCUACAGGACUAGCUUUCAGCCCUCUGAGAUGACCACGUAG